UUUUUUUGAAGAAGCAGGAUGCUGAUCUAAACGUGGAAAAAGACCAGUCCUGCCUCUGUUGUAGAAGACAUGUGGUGUAUAUAAAGUUUGUGAUUGUUGGCGGAAAUUUUGACAGGGUCUCACUCUGUCACCCAGGCUGACACGAUCAUGGCUCACUACAACCUCUGCCUUCCUGCCUCAAGGGUUCUUCCUUGAGCACCUCAGCCUCCCAAGUAGCUGGGACCACAGGAAUUUAGAUAAUGGGCUGUGUGCAAUGUAAGGAUAAAGAAGCAACAAAACUGACGGAGGAGAGGGACGGCAGCCUGAACCAGAGCUCUGGGUACCGCUAUGGCACAGACCCCACCCCUCAGCACUACCCCAGCUUCGGCGUGACCUCCAUCCCCAACUACAACAACUUCCAUGCAGCCGGGGGCCAAGGACUCACCGUCUUUGGAGGUGUGAACUCUUCGUCUCAUACGGGGACCUUGCGUACGAGAGGAGGAACAGGAGUGACACUCUUUGUGGCCCUUUAUGACUAUGAAGCACGGACAGAAGAUGACCUGAGUUUUCACAAAGGAGAAAAAUUUCAAAUAUUGAACAGCUCGGAAGGAGAUUGGUGGGAAGCCCGCUCCUUGACAACUGGAGAGACAGGUUACAUUCCCAGCAAUUAUGUGGCUCCAGUUGACUCUAUCCAGGCAGAAGAGUGGUACUUUGGAAAACUUGGCCGAAAAGAUGCUGAGCGACAGCUAUUGUCCUUUGGAAACCCAAGAGGUACCUUUCUUAUCCGCGAGAGUGAAACCACCAAAGGUGCCUAUUCACUUUCCAUCCGUGAUUGGGAUGAUAUGAAAGGAGACCAUGUCAAACAUUAUAAAAUUCGCAAACUUGACAAUGGUGGAUACUACAUUACCACCCGGGCCCAGUUUGAAACACUUCAGCAGCUUGUACAACAUUACUCAGAGAGAGCUGCAGGUCUCUGCUGCCGCCUAGUAGUUCCCUGUCACAAAGGGAUGCCAAGGCUUACCGAUCUGUCUGUCAAAACCAAAGAUGUCUGGGAAAUCCCUCGAGAAUCCCUGCAGUUGAUCAAGAGACUGGGAAAUGGGCAGUUUGGGGAAGUAUGGAUGGGUACCUGGAAUGGAAACACAAAAGUAGCCAUAAAGACUCUUAAACCAGGCACAAUGUCCCCCGAAUCAUUCCUUGAGGAAGCGCAGAUCAUGAAGAAGCUGAAGCACGACAAGCUGGUCCAGCUCUAUGCAGUGGUGUCUGAGGAGCCCAUCUACAUCGUCACCGAGUAUAUGAACAAAGGAAGUUUACUGGAUUUCUUAAAAGAUGGAGAAGGAAGAGCUCUGAAAUUACCAAAUCUUGUGGACAUGGCAGCACAGGUGGCUGCAGGAAUGGCUUACAUCGAGCGCAUGAAUUAUAUCCAUAGAGAUCUGCGAUCAGCAAACAUUCUAGUGGGGAAUGGACUCAUAUGCAAGAUUGCUGACUUUGGAUUGGCCCGAUUGAUCGAAGACAAUGAGUACACAGCAAGACAAGGUGCAAAGUUCCCCAUCAAGUGGACGGCCCCCGAGGCAGCCCUGUACGGGAGGUUCACAAUCAAGUCUGACGUGUGGUCUUUUGGAAUCUUACUCACAGAGCUGGUCACCAAAGGAAGAGUGCCAUACCCAGGCAUGAACAACCGGGAGGUGCUGGAGCAGGUGGAGCGAGGCUACAGGAUGCCCUGCCCGCAGGACUGCCCCAUCUCUCUGCAUGAGCUCAUGAUCCACUGCUGGAAAAAGGACCCUGAAGAACGCCCCACUUUUGAGUACUUGCAGAGCUUCCUGGAAGACUACUUUACCGCGACAGAGCCCCAGUACCAACCUGGUGAAAACCUGUAAGGCCCGGGUCUGCGGAGAGAGGCCUUGUCCCAGAGGCUGCCCCACCCCUCCCCAUUAGCUUUCAAUUCCGUAGCCAGCUGCUCCCCAGCAGCGGAACCGCCCAGGAUCAGAUUGCAUGUGACUCUGAAGCUGACGAACUUCCAUGGCCCUCAUUAAUGACACUUGUCCCCAAAUCCGAACCUCCUCUGUGAAGCAUUCGAGACAGAACCUUGUUAUUUCUCAGACUUUGGAAAAUGCAUUGUAUCGAUGUUAUGUAAAAGGCCAAACCUCUGUUCAGUGUAAAUAGUUACUCCAGUGCCAACAAUCCUAGUGCUUUCCUUUUUUAAAAAUGCAAAUCCUAUGUGAUUUUAACUCUGUCUUCACCUGAUUCAACUAAAAAAAAAAAAGUAUUAUUUUCCAAAAGUGGCCUCUUUGUCUAAAACAAUAAAAUUUUUUUUCAUGUUUUAACAAAAA